AUGGGGGACAACCUGAUUUUGUUGUGUGCGUAUGGGGGUAAUAACAUUGCCGUGAUGUUUGAUGUGACGUUCACGUUCAGUCGUUUGGUUAGUCAUGUGUGCGACCGAUUUGGGGAUUUGUCUCCGGAUUCCAUUUCAAUGUUCUUCAAGAUAACCGGGUACAAUAAGUUCAACAUGGAAAAUGAGAUGGACCUCCAAAAUAUAUUAUAUCUUGCCAGGUCUUUCCAGGUGGACCAUAUUGGUAUUGUGGUGAAGUUACAGGGAGGGUCGUCGUUGGAUGCAAGUCAAAAGGGUGUUGUUGAGGAUUCACAUGGAAAACACAUCCAUGGGGGAGGAAGUGGUUUAAUGAAUGAUUUUGGUGAAGACGAAGAUUUGUUACCCAAUUUUUGCCCGCAUGCCCAUAAUAUGUUGCUAUCGGAAUCAUGGGCCUCUUGCAUUAGUAAUGUGGGACAAUGUUUCGAAGGCGAGGCAGGUGAAUUUCGUAAGGUUCUCAACAAGUACGCUAUUGAAUGCGGGUUCCAAUUCAAGUUCAGAAAGAAUGACUCGGUUAGAAUUACGGCGGUAUGUAUGUUUAACGAGUCAAGGGGGUGUCUUUGGUCUGUCCAUGCCAGGAUGAUGAAUGUCAAUGGGUUCUUUUAUUUGAAGAAAUGGAAUAGCGAACACACAUGUGGGGUUGCUGUGCGGACUGCAAAAAACCUAAGGAUGGAAUUUGAAUUGGUUGCUGAUGUCAUGGUGAAACGCGUACGUGACAAGCCAUUGACUCACCCUACGGAUGUCAAAUAUCACUUUCAAAAAGAUUAUGGGCUGCAAGUUAGUUACCAUGUAGCUUGGUUAGGAGUUGAGAAGGCUAGAGGGGAACUAUUCGGGGAUCAUUCCUCAUCGUUCGACUAG